AGACAAGUUCAAGUUCCACAGCAUGGUUGAGAUGUAUACAUCGAAAAUUGAUAGCAGGAAACACAUCCAAUCGUUAGAGCAAUGAAGAGUGCCCGGUCGAUCGCCGGUGCCUCCCUGGCCAGCUCCAGCUCCUCCUUGCCAGCUGCGGGAGGACAAGAUACUAGACCAAGCUAGGAAAUCAUGGACUUUUCGUGACUAAGCAGACAUGUGAUUGCGAUCCGACGCGUCGCGUUACGAACAUGGCCAGUUCGAAAGCACCGGACGAUAAUCCCAACGAACCAAGUUGGGUUCGACAUGUCUGACCUGGACGGGGAGUCUUCCGACUACUUCGACGAUGAUAUUGGGGAUUUUGUUGUCGACGAUGGCUCCGAUGCUGCAGCCACGCCCACCGAUCCGGAUUCUCCCAGACCAGCCAAGCGCCGUCGCCUGAAAGCCGACAACAAGACUUCAUCACGACGAAGAAAACAACAUGAUCGAGAUGACGCUCGAGAGAGCUCGGAGUCCUUCAGCGGGGGCGAUGACGAGGAGGAGCUAGAAUCUCCACAUUCAUCGUCACCUUACUUCCCUGAAGCUCAGGAGCGGGAGGCGCAAUCCAAGUAUAAGUUGUUCGUCCCGAAGAACCGAAAUGUUCAGGAGAACAUCUUCGUUACUCAGCUCACGCAGCCUCAAUCGCCACCGGAGUUGAUACGAGGUCCGCGAUGGAAGAAACCGGACCCCGAGGUACCCCCCCGGAUGGUCGUUCCGGUAGCACAUGCAGUCAAUGGAGGCGGCGGCGAGGACGUGCCGAAAGAUGAAUUCGAGGAUGACGACGCAUUGAAAGCGGCAAUCGAGGCUUCACUGUUGUCUUUCGAAGAGGAAAGCUCUAAGAAGUCUCACACACCAAUGGGUAAUCAGCUGCGGCCCCGGUCAUUUGAAGGCUCCUCGAGUGAGCAAUCAGGCGAAGCUAUGGACAUUCCUACAGAGCUUUUAGACGACAUACCCGAUGACGCUUUUGACUCCGAUCUAUCCUUGUCCCCUCCUCCACCAACGCACAGUCGCCCGGUGUCAGGCUCCUUCACGCAAAGCGUGAAUCGCCCACUGGGUGUUCAUCAAACGACUUUGUUUGACAUGGCAGCUCGGAACCCAGCAACCCAACCCCCGCGUGGCGAGCAGGCCAUGUCACCACCCGAGAAAGUCGAACCUCCGACACAACACAAAUUGAACCACGGAGCUCUAGACACAUGGGUCUACCCAACCAACCUGGGAAAGACGCGAGAUUAUCAGUUCAACAUUGCCCAGAAAGGAUUAUUCCAUAACCUGCUCGUUGCACUGCCUACUGGUCUCGGUAAAACAUUCAUCGCAGCCACUAUCAUGCUCAAUUGGCUACGUUGGACGCAAGAGGCCCAGAUCAUCUUCGUCGCGCCCACGAAACCGCUAGUCGCUCAACAGAUCGACGCGUGCUUCCAGAUCGCGGGUAUUCCCCGAUCCCAGACUACGAUGCUGACCGGCGAGGCUGCCCCCGGCAUUCGAGCCGAGGAAUGGAAGACCAAACGUGUCUUCUUCAUGACUCCUCAGACCUUGAUCAACGAUCUCAAGACCGGAAUCGCAGAUCCCAAACGAAUCGUUCUGCUCGUCGUAGACGAAGCUCACCGCGCAACAGGUGGGUAUGCCUACGUCGAAGUUGUCAAAUUCCUUCGACGAUAUAACCAAAGUUUUCGUGUACUCGCUUUGACAGCAACGCCCGGGUCCACGGUGGAAGCUGUGCAGGCAGUGAUCGAUGGGCUAGACAUCUCCCGGGUCGAGAUUCGCACGGAGCAAUCCCUCGACAUCCGCGAGUAUGUUCAUGCUAAGGAUAUCGAAGUGCAAACUUUCCAGAACUCCGAAGAAAUGGUCAUGUGCAUGGAUUUGUUGACCAAAACCCUCCAGCCGCUGGUCGACCAGCUUCGGAGCCUCAACGCCUACUGGGGCCGUGACCCCAUGGGCCUCACUGCAUUUGGACUAACCAAAGCCAGACAGCAGUGGAUGAUGUCCGACGUCGGUCGGAAUGCGCACUUCGGGUUAAAAGGCAAAGUGAACGCCAUUUUCACCGUUCUUGCCAGCCUUGCGCACGGGAUUGACCUCCUGAAGUAUCACGGGAUAACUCCAUUCUACCGCCACCUUGCACAUUUUCAAUCCAACACCGAUGGGCAAAAGGGUGGUAAAUACCAGCGACAGGUCGUCCAGGAUGAGAGCUUCAAAAAGCUAAUGAGCCACCUGCAGCCCUGGACAAAAAACCCAGAGUUUAUCGGCCACCCCAAGCUUGAAUACCUGAAGCAGGUCGUCCUGAAUCAUUUCAUGGACGCGGGCGAAGGUGCGGGGGCCGCCGCGGCAGACCAGGCGAAACCAGCAACGAGAGUUAUGAUCUUCGUCCAUUUCCGAGACAGUGCUGAAGAAGUGACGCGGGUCCUCAAAAGGUACGAGCCGAUGAUCCGGCCUCAUGUCUUCGUCGGGCAGAGUAGCGCCAAGGGCUCGGAAGGCAUGAAUCAAAAGGCCCAACUCGGGAUCGUACAGAAGUUCAAAAGCGGCACAUACAACACGAUUGUGGCAACAUCAAUCGGUGAGGAAGGGCUAGAUAUUGGCGAGGUCGACCUAAUUGUGUGCUACGACUCGUCUGCCUCACCGAUCCGCAUGCUUCAGCGCAUGGGCCGUACCGGCCGUAAGCGAGCGGGCAACAUCGUUCUGCUCCUGAUGCAGGGCAAGGAAGAAGAGUCCUACAUCAAAGCCAAGGACAACUACGAGAAGAUGCAGCAGAUGAUUGCCAGCGGCACUCGAUUUGCCUUUCAUGAAGACCAAUCCCCUCGCAUCCUUCCCUCGGGCAUCCGGCCUGUGGCCGAUAAGCGGGCGAUUGACAUUCCCGAAGAGAACACUGUGCGCGAGCUGCCCGAGCCCAAGCGACGAGGCCGCGUUCCCAAGCGACCGCCCAAGAAGUUUCACAUGCCAGACAAUGUGGAAACAGGCUUCACGAAAGCGUCCAGCCUGGCCGAGGGCGGCAACAAGCGUAGGGAGACGAAGAAAAGUAAGGCUCGCACACCGACUCCGGAGCCCGUGUCACUCCCCGCGCUUGAAGACGUCUUGCUUACCCCGGCGCAGCAAAACGAGCUUGACGUGCAUUACGGCAAAGUAGGACAGCCGGAUGCGCCGUCGAUCUGCAACCCUCGCACUGACGCCUUCCCGCGCCUUCAGCUCACACCCCGGCCGAUCAAAGCAGUGCAGCAUGGGUCUCUGACCCGGCGCAUGAUUGGGACUUUGCAGAAAAUGGACCGGGUCGGCGCGGACUGUGAGCAGCAAUACAGGCGUCUCUUGGCGCUUGGUCUGGACGAGUUUCAGGAUGACUCGGACGCUACUAGCGGCAUGAACGAGCCUGAAAGCGGCGACCAACGUCAACAGCGCAAAGCGUCUGGCUUCGUCCCCCCAGUCAAACGCAAGAGAGAUGGGCAAGAUACUGAACCAGAUAAGCAGCCAAGAACUCGUACGAACCAGCCUCUGGCGGUCGAGGCGACAGCAGAGGACUCAUUGUUCUGCUCACAAAUGACGGAGGACAUGGGUGAAGAUUUUCCCGACGUCUCUACUCUUUUGGACAGAAGUGCCGAGAAGAAGCAGAGGUGCCGGCAAUUCGUCAUGAGUGAUGAUAGCGAUGGCUGACGGGGGGAUUGACUUGAAUAGAUGACACUUGGUGUUUGGUUAAGUGCCCGUCUGUUUCGGACAUAAUUUCGGCUGGAUAUACCCUUUUACCAAUCACAGG